AGUGCUAGUGUACAGUGUACUUCUUUGUGUUGUCUACCGCGUCGUCGUCGCUUAUCAUCCAAUAUUGCACCUGUUUCUGGUUUCUGCGCUCUUUAGACGGUCGUCGGUGUCUAACCAGUACCAUCAGCAGUUCUUCCGCAGUGCUCAUCUUGGUAUACACGUCGGUCUCGUUCUACUCUUCAAACACGUUCGCCGCAUUCAAGUCGUUUUCGUACUCGUACUCGUAUUCGUAUUCGUAGAUUCCAGUGGUGAUUUUUUCAUUUUUCGUUUCGCUGUUUUUUUUUCUUUUGAACUGUGUUGGUUGAUUUUUUUCCUCAAUUGAUUUUGUUUCAAUUUUUUGUAGUUUCGAAUUUUUUUAUCAAUUUUUGGAAAUAGAUUUUUCGUGUUUAAAAUGUCGGAAUCGUUGAGUUCCAUUCGACUCAAGUUACCUUCGCGAUUUUCGUGAAAAUAUUUCGUGUGUUUUGUCGUAUAAUUUUGGUUUCAAGCAAAUGGUGUAUGUAUGGAAAUUGGUCUCGUAUUGAGAACGAUAUUUACUCGUGCUAGAUGAUGGAUUACUCGUGUAUAAAUAUUAUAUUUUUACUUUUAUUGUAUAACUUACACAAUGCAUUUACUCAAGAUUACGAAGUACAAGAUAUCCAGUGUGCCUUUUGGAGCGACUCGGUGCGAAACGGCAAAGCCGCCAUAGCUCCAGCUCCUACCGCCAGUACAUCUGGACUAAAAGAUAUGUUAUCGGCAAGACUGAGAAAACCAGACGGAUUCAAAGGCACUCCUUUAUUCGCCGACGACCGAGGCGUCGAUCCGUUAAUAGAUCCUGUCUGUCAAAUCAGACCCGACCUGACGGAUAACACUAGAUUAACGUAUAGUUUACUAAUUACCGAUUUCAGCCGAUGCGGAGUACUUAAACGAAAUGGUUUCAUUCACGUCAGGAUAUGGUUUCCACAAUUUCCAGGCGUCGUAAUGAUGUCAGAUCAAGAACUGAUUAUCAUGUGCAAACCACCAGAACCAACCAUCAUAGAAAAUAAAGCAGCUGGAUUCGCGGGCAGUUUCCCACACGGAGCACGAGUUUCGGGUGUCGUUGAGGAAACUCCUGGACGAUUAGAAUACGAAGUAGCUUUGUAUAAAGAAGCACCAACCAGACUAUCAAAUUUGACCAAUAGCGAAUUACCAGUAGAUCAAGCAGUUCCAAUAGGUACAAAGUUACAGCUGAGAGCAAGAAUUAAUCCUCUUUCAGCUUGGAAAUUCGUUAAACUAAUGGAAGUGACAGUAUCACCAGAUCCAGACGAUCCUCACGUAGCCGGCAGCGUACCAUUAGUUAAAGAUGGAUGCCGGAAUCGCGACUUUGUCACCAUUAUACCUCAUCAACCUGCCAGAUAUCGAGAUCGACACAACGAGGUAUUCCUCGACUUCGAAGCAUUCCUAUUAAGUACCAUGAAAGAAAGAUCUACGCUUUGGAUUCAUUCACAAAUUAAAGCAUGCAUGGAUUUCGGAGACUGUCAACCUGAAUACUGUAUAGACUUGUAUGAACCGUCUGGUCAUGGUAGAAGAAGACGAAGAGAAGUCAAUGCCGGCGAUAGUAAAUCUAAAGAUGCUGGUUCUAAGGGCAAUACCACUAUUCAGUCUGCCAAAUUUAAAGAAAAUAUCGAAUAUACUGUUCUAAUGCCUAAUGAUAUCUACCAUCAAGAAUUAACGACAGAGCAGUCUUGUCAUACUUUCAUAGUUACUUCCGGCGUGCUCGGAUGUCUCCUACUAUUAUCCGCCUUGGUGAUGUGUUAUUUAGCGAUACGUUUGCAAACGACGUUAACUUCAAAGUAUAGACAAACGAAUAUGGACACAAUCGCCAGAGAAAGAUCCCAUAAACUUUCGCUAGGCCAUUUGGGUAUUCCUGGAUAUACUGGCAGAGCCACGUUACAAUAAUCACCGCCUUUUCUCUCUCGUUUAUUAUAGUAUUUAAUUUUUUUUCUCCCCCUCGUUCCCGCCUUUUUCCUUAUUUUUUUUUAUGUUUAUGUAUAUAAAAAAACUUCUUUAAGCAUUUAUUACUGUAAGAUAGAAAAAAAAUUCUAUAAUUUUUCCAAGAAAGAAAACCUAUGGAAGAAAUACACCUACCUACUGACAUAUUAUGCUUCAUAUUCCAAACAAACACGUGUAUUCGAUAGAGGUAUUCGAGAACCUAUCCAAUAUACGUAUUUUAUGAUUCGUUCUGCGUAGCCUAGUUUUUUUUCGUUUUAUUUAUUUAUUUUUUUCAAAUCUCUGUAUAACUUUCAGUUAGUGCAAUAUAAUGAUGAUAAUUUUAUUUAUUUAUAAAAAUUCAGAAAAAUUUAUUCUACAUAGAUAAAUUAUAAAUCUUCCAUCGCUAUUCUUUCUUAGUAUAAUUUGGGUGUUGAUUGUAUUGCCAAUUUUGUUCUUGUGUAUAUUCAUUUUUAAUUUUUGUACAAAUUAUUUAUUUUUAUAUUUAAGUAUUACGUACGUAUGUUUAUUGUCUCUACGUCAAAGCAUUCAUCACUUUUUUUUUUAUGUAUACCUACGUUUUAGGAAAAAUGAAAUGUUUAAUGUAUUAAAUUCUUUUGUACUUGC